AUGGUUGAAUCUCAAACGGCUUGUAACUUCCUACGUUAGUGCACUAUGUAGUGUAUAUACUACCGGCUGCUACACACUCUGUAGUGCAUUUUGUGUCUGAAAGGAAGAGAUUUAGGAUUUGGAUAAAGGACAACCUUCACGUGGGAGAAGAGAAGCUGAGGGUGAAGUCAGGCUUGUGUAUGAAUGUGUGCUGAGAAAAAGCUGAUACAAUGUUGUUGAGUUUCAGGAGAGUGGCAGCGUCUGUCCACGUCUCUGUCCAAGUCUCCACUGUCCAAACCCUGAGACACAACUGUCGACUUUUCUCUUCUUCUCAAACGAUUGGCAGAAAAGGUUUAGUUCUCGGUGUGUAUGAGAAGGAGAAAGAGAGCGACACUGCAUGUCUCACUGAAGCAGCUGCUGCGUUUGACAGAACUGUAUCAGGAAAACUCAGCGAUGUUCUCACUGUAUCUGGACCUCCACUCAAGAAAGGAAAGAGUCGGGUAUUCUACGGAUUAAACCAGGAGUUUCCAAAUGUAGCAGUAGUGGGUCUCGGCCAAAAAGGAGCAGGCGUGUGCAGGAAGGAGCACUGGGAUAACAGCAAGGAGAACAUCCGAGCAGCUGUAGCAGUGGGCUGCAGGCAGCUUCAGGACCUCGAGAUUGCUCACGUGGAAGUAGACCCAUGCGGAGACAGUCAGUCAGCAGCAGAGGGCGCUGUGCUCGGUUUGUUCGAGUACGACGAACUUAAAAGCAAAAAGAAGACCCAGGUCACUCUGCAGUUAUACGGCAGUGGAAAUGAUGAAGCGUGGGCAAAGGGAGUCCUGUACGGAGAAGGCCAGAACCUGGCCAGGAGAUUGAUGGAGGCUCCAGCUAAUCACGUUACACCUACGGUUUUUGCCGACACGAUCGAGCAGAAGCUGUUUCCCUUUUCAGACAAAGUAAUCGUCCACAAAAGAAACAAGUCAUGGAUCGAAAGCGAGCAGAUGGGGGCGUUUCUCAGCGUGUCAAAAGGCUCAGAGGAGCCCCCUGUCUUCCUGGAGCUGCAUUACGCUGGAAACCCAGAUUCCACCCAGGCGCCUUUAGUGCUCGUAGGCAAAGGAGUCACUUUCGACAGCGGUGGAAUCUCAAUAAAACCCUCCGCCGGUAUGGAUGCCAUGAGGGCCGAUAUGGGCGGAGCCGCAACCGUGUGUUCAGCCAUCGUCACAGCAGCUGCUCUGCAACUGCCAGUCAACAUCGUAGGUUUAGCACCUCUCUGUGAGAACAUGCCCAGUGGAAAAGCUAACAAACCAGGAGAUGUUGUGAAGGCGAAGAACGGCAAAACCAUUCAGGUUGAUAAUACCGAUGCUGAGGGGCGUCUGAUUCUGGCCGACGCCCUCUGCUAUGCUCACAACUUCAAUCCCAGGGCGAUAGUCAAUGCUGCGACUCUUACUGGUGCGAUGGAUGUAGCCUUGGGUUCUGCUGCUACAGGAGUUUUUACAAACUCUGACUGGCUUUGGGAACAGCUGCAUAAGGCGAGUGUUAUGACUGGAGAUCGCGUGUGGAGGAUGCCACUGUUUCAGCAUUACAGCAGACAAGUUACAGAAAGUGCUCUGGCAGACUUGAACAAUAUCGGGAAAUAUAGCCGCUCUGGUGGAGCGUGUACAGCCGCCGCCUUCCUGCAUGAGUUUGUAAAAGCCAGUCACUGGGCACAUCUGGAUAUCGCUGGGGUGAUGUCUAAUAAGGAUGAAGUCCCCUACCUGCGCAAGGGAAUGUCCGGGAGACCCACGCGGACACUGGUCGAGCUCGUCGCUGCCCUGGCCACCGAGUCUUAAUGUCUUAAAGGGACCUGCGUGGGAUCUUUGACCUCUCAGACCACAGGACUGAAAGCGGUUAAUAUUCAUAACGCAUUUUUUUCCCCCUUCAAAAUUCCCUUUUUCUUUGUGGGAAUCAAUCACUCACAUGUAGAACCUGAGACUUGGUUUAAAACUUGAUGGGAAUGAUCCUGAUGUGUUUAUAAUACAGUACAAACUGCUCAUUCUAAAGGUUUUUCCCCAGACUGCCUCAUAUUUGUACACUUGUAUACAAUACAUGAAUAAAAGUUUUUGGACACCUGA